AUGCAACUCCUAAGUACCCUCAUCACCAACCCGAAUAGCGACUACGCUUCGGGCCAUUUUCCACUGUUGUUGCUUCUGGUGUUCCACCACCUCAACACUGCGAUGCACACCGAGGCCUCGCCUCUUGAGUCUGCGUUGUCGGUCCCCACCACAGCUGAGGACAUCGUCCUUCGAAAGGCCCCCUUCACCCCCACCUCUGACCUCCAAGUUGAACAAAAGCGCGGUGACUCUGAUCCGCGGCGGAUAAUGUGCGGCUACCAGUUGAUUGUGAAUCUCAAAUUGCAAUGCGGUGAUCGCGGCACCUUUUCGCCGUACGAACGGGGGCCACGAACAAAACGUGGUCUGCAUCUAGGUGGACAACUGCCCCCGUACAACCCAUUCAGAGGUCGAGGCAGACUGUACGACGACCUCUGCUCCCUGUACCUCCAAUACGAGCCCUACACCAUCGUGACGGAGUGCUGCUGCCGUGGUUGCACUCGACGAUUCUUAGAACAGUUCUGCGCCAAGACCUGA